AUGGUCUUCCCCGGAACCCUCAGCCGGGGCUGCAGCCGCUGCAGGAAGCGAAAGAUCAAAUGCGAUGGCAGACGCCCAGGAUGUCGACGCUGCGAGCUCUACAAGGCUCUAUGCCCCGGCUAUGAUCGACCACUAGCGUUCCGCUUCCACGGAGAGCCUGGACAUAGCCUUGUUCGUGAUGAGCCCGGCAACUUUUCCGCGCAGACCAUGGGGCUCGGCUACGAAAAAGCGAGGUUCAGAGGCUCAGGGGUUUGUCGACAACCCCAACCCUCGUUCGAGGAUGAGUCCAUCUCGUAUUUCCUGCACGAGUACUGCGUCUUGCCGGCGCCAGGCGUCAUCAAGGGGCACCUCGACUUUCUAGAGGGCAUGUACAGGAGCUCUAGUCGGUCAUCGUGCAUACGCCCGGCCCUUCUUGCUGCAGCUCACAUGUCGCUAUCGAGACACUACAAGUCGUCAACGCUCUAUGUCACCGCACGAUACCACUAUGGGGCUGCUUUGCGGACUGUCAACAGAGAUCUGUCUGCAUCCAAGCGGCCCCUGAAAGAUGAAACAUUGGCAUCCCUGAUGCUGCUGGGCAUGAUUGAGAGUCGAACUUGCAUUCGUGGAUUUUCACUCAAAUGGUUAGUAGAUCUUAACGGGACGCUUAUAGCCAUGGAUGCUGAGACACAAAAUAAGCAAAUCCCCUCACUCAUGGCCAAGGACGAUAUGGACUGUCUGGUCAUCCCCGACUCACAGCUCGACACAUCAAACCCAGUGAUCCGCUUAGCCCUGGUCGUCACUCGCAUUGGACAGUUCUACAGGGCAGCUAGGCGAAUCACGAGUGCAGAUUCGACAUCGACACCGAAUAAGCAACGGGGAUUACUCGUUCCGGUUAUCCAAGAAGCCUUGGCAAUCGGCGCUGAGUUGGCCAUGAUCGAAAAGGCCAUGCCUACACGACUACAACCUCAGCAAACAGCGGACAAGCGACCCGCGACGCCGAAUAAUAGGCCCUUGGUCAGCUUUCAAUCGCGAUGGACGGCGUGCACGUGGGUCUUCUUCAACAUGUACCUCAUAUUGUUCUUCGGGAGGCUGCAUGUAUGCGCUGCAACCCUCCUGCGGCUCGUGGACUCAAAGAGCAGUCCGCAGGUUCAGCUCGCUCAGACCACCGCCACCAUCGCCGAAAAGCAAGUUGUUUCAAUGACUCAGAGGCUCUGCAGUGUCUUGCCUUACCUGAUGGGCGAAGUGAGCGAGCAGGGUAUCCCACUUCCCGUACCGCAACGUCAGAGCGUCAUCAUGUACCAUCUGGUCUGGCCACUUGCUAUCGCUAUCUCAAGCCCGCAUAGUAGCCCAGGGCAAGUUAAAGAGUGUCAGGCCAGGCUCGACCUGAUCCGAGAUCUGUAUGGCAUCAGACUCGCUUCUUUUGCCCCGGGUUUGGCCAAGGACCUGAUGGCGUAA